GAUUCGCCUCUCCAUAUGUUACGACGCGCGCUCGGCGCCCUCCGAAUCUUGCGUUCGCGCGUCAGGACACGACUCCUGAUAGACUGCUCAGAACACUCCUCUACUCAGGACUGCCCUUUUCUGGACUAAAUGUGUACUUGUGCUAACAAUGACAAAGUUUCUCUUUCACUUGAUAAAAAACCCUGGAAGAUCGUUUCUAUCCGCAGUGCGUGUCCCGCGAGUGACUUUCGGAGCUUCCUGCGGCCCUCGAAGUGGUCAGACCAUACUUGUCCGUCGUUAGUCGUGAGAAAAUAUGUGGUAGUAUAUCUGUGAGACCGCAAAUGUACGUUAAUCGUCAAAGGUGAUUGGUUCGGAUGGAAUUUCAUACGGAAUCGAAGAUCUGCAGACUCUAGAGUUCUAGAAAAUGAGUGGCAGAAGUGGUUGGGAUGGACUUCUGUUGGCCCUCGCGCUUGUUUCUUCGACAGGCCUACUGGCAAAAGAGAUUCCCCUGCAGCAGGUGCACGUGUUGGCUGGAGGAGACGCCCGCUUGCCGUGUGACGUGUCCUCGAUGGAGAGCGGCGACGCGGCUCAGUUGGUGCUGUGGUACCGCGAGGACCUGGGCACGCCCGUCUACAGCAUGGACGCGCGCGGUGGGCAGCUGCAGCGCUGGUCGGACCAGGAGGUGCUGGACGGCCGCGCGCACUUCUGGGCCGACCGGAGGCCCGCCGAGCUGCUCAUCAGGCGCGCGCUCGCCUCCGACGCCGCCGUCUACCGCUGCCGUGUCGACUUCCGCGUCGCCCAGACCCGCAACUCCAGGGUCAACCUCACCGUCAUCGUGCCUCCGUCGCGACUGUUGAUCGAGGACGACGCCGGCCACAGGUUCACCUCCGUAGCCGGGCCCUUCUCAGAGGGCGACACGCUGCACCUGCGAUGCAUCGCCUUCGGUGGGUCGCCACCGCCCACGGUGCAGUGGUUCCGCGAGGACGAGCCUCUGGGCACGUUGGGGGUGGUGCUGCCGGACGGGUCCGCUGUGCGUGCUGACGUCACUCUGGAGGGCCUCCAGCGGGCGGACCUCAACACGAGGCUCACCUGCCAAGCGGCCAACACGGAGCUCACCGCGCCCAUCGAGGACUCCGUGCUCGUCGACAUGAACCUGCGGCCCUUGGACGUGCGUCUGCUGGGGGUGAGCCAGCCUCUGUCUGCCGGCCGCCGCUACGACCUGCUGUGCCAGUCCUCCGGGUCACGACCACCAGCGCGCAUCACCUGGUGGCUCAACGGACAGCGCCAGCAACACAGUAAGCUCACGACGUCGGUGGACGGAAACACAACGACGUCAACUCUAUCUUUCGUGCCAAGCAAGGAGGACGACGGCCGCUUCCUCGCUUGCCAGGCUGAGAAUCCCAACGUCUACACUGACGUGCCGGAAGAUGGCGCCAAGCUCACCAUUCACUACGCCCCUGAGGUGACGGUCAGCCUUGGCCCGUCUCUGGACCCAACGGACAUCCGUGAGGGCUCCGAUGUAUACUUCGACUGCCGCAUCAAGGCGCAGCCCCAGGCGAUCAGGGUGCAGUGGCUGCACAACGGCCACCUGCUGCGGCCGGGCGCGGGGGUGGUGCUGAGCAACCUGAGCCUGGUGCUGCAGACUGUGGGCCGCGCCGCUAGGGGCAACUACACCUGCGUCGCCUUCAACGCUGAGGGCUCCGGCCAGAGCCGGCCCUUCCCUCUCGACGUGCUAUUGUCGGGCGGCGGCGGCGGCGGCGCCGGGGGCGGCGGGGGCGUGCGGACGCUGGCGGUGGGCCGCGGCGAGCGCGCCGACAUCCGCUGCGAGGUGGACGCCAACCCGCCGGCCGGCGCCUUCCGCUGGGCCUUCAACAGCUCCGGCGGCGGCGACGAGCUGGCGGGCUCCGCCAGCAUCUCGUACACGCCGCACACCGACCUCGACUACGGCCACCUGCUGUGCUGGGCCGCCAACAGGGUGGGCCGGCAGGCGGCCGCCUGCGUCUUCCACAUCGUGCCCGCAGGUCGUCCGGACAAGGUGCAGAACUGCACGGUGGGGAACGUGACGGCGCAUGCGCUGUCGCUCCGGUGCGCAGAGGGCUUCAGCGGCGGCCUGCCGCAAUCCUUCCUGCUGGAGGUCCGCGAGGACGACUCCGGCGAACUGCGCGCCAACCUCAGUGCGGUCACCCCCACCUUCCACGUGCAGCAGCUGCGCGCCGGAGAGCUGCACCACCUGGCCGUCUUCGCGUACAACUCCAAGGGCCGCAGCGAGCCCGUCUUCCUCGCCGUCACCACCAUGGCGGCGCUCGAGCGCCAGCUCAAGGCCGGCCACCACGGUAAGCCCACGCCCUGGGCGCUCUGUCACUACAUGCUUCUUCUUCUUCACAUCUAG